AACUCUGCAUUUUCAAUUAGAUGCAAUGUAGUAUCUUUGUCGUUGUACUUUCGAAUGAUUAUAACAGUAAAGUAAUAUGCGUUUAAUAGAGCAACAUAACCUCGUUUCGAAGUUAAUGAGUAAGCUAAUAGUAGCGUGAGCUAGCAGCUUGUCUAAAUAAUGGAUCAGAAAAUUCCUUAUGAUGACUACCAGCUCCCUGUGGUGUUCCUGCCUUCUUAUGAGAAUCCACCAGCAUGGAUACCUCCACAGGAGCGUGUCCAUCACCCUGACUACAACAAUGAACUCACCCAGUUCCUACCACGCACCGUUGUACUGAAGAAACCUCCAGGAGCACAGCUGGGCUUCAACAUCCGUGGAGGCAAGGCAUCACAGUUAGGAAUCUUUAUAUCCAAGGUGGUUCCAGACUCAGAUGCCCACAGAGCAGGGCUACAAGAGGGAGACCAGGUUCUGUCUGUGAAUGAGGUUGAUUUCCAAGACAUAGAGCACUCAAGAGCUGUAGAGAUUCUGAAGACUGCACGGGAGAUCCUGAUGAGGGUUCGCUUCUUUCCUUACAACUACCAAAGACAGAAGGAGAGGACUGUACACUAGGUGGCAGCAGAGAGAGUGAGAGAGGUGGACCAACAUGGCACUGCACGUCAUCAU